CCCAUCAAGCAGCUCUCUUCUCUUGUCUCUGUGACCAGAUUUGGGAGAAGUCAUAUAUACGACACCGUUUCGUGGCGUUGGUGGUGGCAUCAUCAUGGCCAAUGUUGUGGAACUCAAAGUGAAUCUGCAUUGCGAUGAGUGCAUCAGAAAAAUACUGAAAGCCAUCAAGAAGAUCGAAGAUAUAGAGACAUACGACGUGGAUACGCAGCUGAACAAAGUGACGGUGACUGGGAGAGUGACGGAGGAAGAAGUGGUCAGGGCUCUUCAUAAGGUCCGAAAAUCAGCUGUUCCAUGGACCCACACCAACCACGAUUCUCCCUUCCUCGACUAAUAACAUCAUAUAUAUAUACAUAUAUACUCACACACAUACUCUUUCUAGUGUAUUGUAUGCAUUACAUUCAAUU